UUUGGUAAGCAAUAUCCUUACUUCCGGUUAUUUCUGUGGAACUCGGUGCAGUUGUGUUGAGCACAGCCCGUACUGAAGAACUGUUAGGUUGUGUCAAUAAGUUAAAAAGGUGGACGACACGAAUAAUGAGAGGCCCUCGAGGUACUUGAACAGGAAAAAAGGUGCGGGAAAUACAAUGAAGGGUGAAGGAAGGUGUAAGGAGCCACCUGUUGUACGGGAGGUCACUGGAAAGCGACCCAAACGGAAGUGCCUGCAGUGGCAUCCACUGCUCUCUAAAAAGGCACUGGAUUUCUCUGAGGAGGAGGAAGAAGAAGAGGAUGAAGAGGAUCUGAAGAAGCAGGCACUGCUGUGUGACCAGGAUAUGAUGUCCCAAGCCCAAUGUGGAGACACACCAGAGGAAGAAGAAGAUUCAAAUGAGCAGCGGGCUCGCAGGCCAAUGAAUGCUUUUCUUCUCUUCUGUAAACGCCAUCGUUCCCUUGUGCGACACGAGCACCCUCGUUUGGACAAUCGUGGGGCCACCAAGAUCCUGGCUGACUGGUGGGCCGUGUUGGAACCCACAGAGAAGCAGAAAUACACUGAUAUGGCUAAAGAGUACAAAGAGGCCUUCAUGAAGGCAAAUCCAGACUAUAAAUGGUGUCCUACCACCAGGAAACCAGUUAAGAGUUCUUCAUGUCAAACAGUUUGCACUUCCCGCAAAAAAGUGUGGUCCUGCACAUCAAACACAUCCAAGGACUCACUCACUGCCAAAAACAUGCCCAAAACUGAUGUCCCACAGCUGAACUUUGCCAUGGCUGAUCCUACUAAAAUGGGAGGCCUCAGCAUGCUGCUGUUAGCUGGAGAACAUGCCCUUACAAACAGAGAGUCAUCUGUAUCUGUGGUGUCAGACAGAAAACCAUGCAGACAGUCGGCUCUCUUUCAGCUUGCAGAGAUGUGUUUAGCAUCUGAAGCUGGGAAGAUGGACACAGUGGUAUCUCAGCCAGGAAAAAGAUCGCCUGCAGACUCUUUCCGAGAAACUACAGAAAUGCUUUGGGUAAAAGAGGAGAACUUGGACACUGUUGGUUGCCUUGUCUCCUCAAACACAAUAUCAACUUCCCUCUCUACUACUAUGACUAAGAACAUUUCCUCCGAACUUUAUAGCCAAAAUCAAUCUGUCGAAAAGAGCAGGAUAAAAGAGGAGGUCAUGUUGAAUGACAAUGACGAAAACUUACCUUUCGCCCAAAAAGUCCUCAUAAACCAGAACGAUGCACAGUCAAAUAUUGAAAAUGUUUCUUGUGAAAUUGAGACGGGGACUAAAGGUGUAUGGAAGGAUUCAGAGGCAUUCGAGUCAAAAAUCCAGAAUGUUUCCAGUGGUGAAAAGUCAUGUUGCCCUAAAAAGAAGCGCAACCCCAGAACUAAGACUUCAAUCAAAGACCAAGAGGAGCUGGAUGAUAAAAGUAUUUACAUGACUCCUGAGGCAGAAAUAGAAGAAACAAGUACAGAAAGGACAGAAUUUCAGGACAGCAUGGAAAAAUGCCAAGAGGUCUCCUUCAGUAGUUUAUCUGUGGGGUUUAAAGAAGACGACGAUCGAACUGAGGGUUCCGUUGAAGCAGAGUCCAACACAGAGAUCCGUGGUGCAAGGAAAUCUGAGAGGACCUGUAAAGGUGCCCUGUACAAGACCCUUGUUUCUGAAGGAAUGCUGACCUCGCUGAGAGCCAAUCUUGACCGUGGUAAAAGAGGUGCAUUUCGUGCUUCUGAACAUGAAGCAAACUGGGGUGAUGAUAGCUGGACAGUUCCCCAAUUAGCACCUAAUAACACCAAGAGACUGAAAAAGGCAAAAUCCAAAGAUGACUCUUCUCAGGGACAACUUGAAGAAGAAUUUGAAAAGAAGUUUAACAGCCUGCCGCAGUAUAACCCAAACACAUUUGAUAAGAAGGGGUUUGUUGUCACAAAGAGGAAGAAGAUUGAUUGCUCUUCUACCCAGGAGGAAACUUCCAAACCAGGCAAAGGACCAUCACAGAAAAAGACUUCAUUCCACAAGAUUGUUAGGAAGCACAAACACUCAAAGAAGAAACCAGCAGUUGGACAGAAGGAUUCCACUACAUUGAUUUCCGUUUCGAAAGACAAAUCUUUUGCGGCCAAUGCCAUGUGCCCAGAUGUGCAGGGCACCACAGGUGUGGACAUGCUUGUUGGUAGCCAAAAGAGGAAGGCAAGGAAGACUAAGAUCACACACUUGCUGCGCAUGACAAAAAGCAGUGUAUCUCUGUUUGAGGAUCUAAACCAGGUGCAGGAGAAGAAGCCAUUACCCCAACUGACUUUAUGCCAUGAACAAGGAUGCUACAAUAAUUCGAGACCUGUGGAGAUGAGCUCUGAAACUCAGGAGCUACCGGCCUUCUUCAGUCUAGCUGCACUUGCUGAAGUAGCAGCCAUGGAAAACGUUCACAGAGGCCAGAAGGGCUUGGCUGAGAAUCAGAAGAGGGAGCUAGCCCAGACUCCUGUCCUCGUCUUUUGUGCCGAUCAGUGAAACUUUGCUGCUGUUGAGGAAAGCUACAUGGACCAUGGCAGCAUAUUUUUGUAUUUGGCGAACCUGCUUUUUAAGGAAUUUCAUGUAUGAAUUCCGGUGAGAUUAGGUUCUUGGUGUGGAAAGUGAGCCUGUACUUUUUCUUGACCAACCUUAUUCCUCCUCUCCACUCUCUGUGGUUCCUCAAAGCCUUUGGAAAAGGUAGAAUACCUUUCUGAACUCCUUACACCUUUAGAUACUCUAACUGGGUCUGUGGAAGAGCAACGCCGUACGAUGGUUGCAUUCAGAUAUUGUCAGGGUUUUAUUUUUAACGUCGCCUUUAUGAAGGUCAGAGGUUGUUUUUUAAAACCGAAUGCAAGUAAAAAAGACUUUAUGAGUGAAGGUUUUGUUAUUUUUUUUACCUCACACAAGACCUUCUUUAGCAGAAUGAGAUGCUCCCAUCAAUGCUACUGUUUUAACCCUCAAAGAAUGGUGAUGAUGGAUACACCUACUAGUUUUGUCUUUAGGUACACUAAUAUAUGAUGUACUUUGAAUAUGAAGGAACUUUAGUUCACUAUUUGAAAUAUAUGGUAUGUACAUACUGUAAGUCAGAAUGCUGUCACGAUAAAAAAAAAAUGUACACCUGCACAUUCUGUGUGCAUUUAAAUGGCAGUUAUUUAUUGUUCAAGGUGUUGGGGCCCCUCCUGUUCUCCGUUUAAAUGAUUACCUUGCCCCCAACAACAUGGCCUACUUACAGUAGAGACAGUAACCUGUUUGUGAUGCAGAAAGUGAUAUUAUAGCUUUAUUGCUCAUAUUCACUAUAUUCCGAAGUGUUUUGCAUUGCAGGGUUUGUGUAAACAUUUUUGAAUAGUGUAAUGCAUAUUUUGUCAAUAUUCAAUAUUAUUCCACUUUGUGUAGCAUUUAGAGAGACAAAUCAAUUGUGUUUAAAUUAGAGUAAGCAUCAUUGUUGGUUUGUUUAUUGUAUAAACCUUGCACUAAUGUGUUGCUCCAGGUAAUCUUAAAAGGGUGAUAAAAUCCCUUGUCUGAACCAGACAGUGUUUUUAUGCCACAUCCCGUCUCAUAUCUGCAACCAGACACAACCUUCCACAUUAUACACCAGUGGUUAGGCACCAGUGGGGUAGAAAGUUGAUAUUUGGUGUUUUUAGUUGUUUUGUACUUAGACCAGCUGGAUCAAAAUUCUCAUUUGAUGCAUACAUGUCUUGUCAUGUGUAUUCCCAACAUCAGAUCUAAUAGAAAAAGGUAUUGAAUGUAGGGCUGGGCGAUAAAACGAUAAAAAAAUAUACUGUAUAUCGCAAAAUAAUUUUUCCACAAUACAACUACAAGACAAUUUCGAUAGAGCGACAAACUACGGAAUUAUUCUGAUUAUAGAUGAGUGAGAUUGGUCAAUACUGAUACCGAUCACAUGUAUUAACUGUAAAUUUCUCAAUUUAUAUGUGAGUGCUAUUGACAGUUUAACACUAUUGAAACAUAUUCCUUAUUCUCUUUUGUUACAUACAAUUGUUUGAGCAAAACAAAGUCAAUUGUACAAAAUAACUAAACAAAUUCAAAAACUACUAUUUGUCACUCAUUCAAAUCAUUUUCACCCCCAAAGUGUUCCUGUGUCCAGGGAAUUGUUCUGUAAAUUUGUAAUAAAAAAAAAUCACACUCACCACUAUAGUUUUGAUCGUGUACUGAUAUUACCCUUGAUGUCAACACCACCAAUUUAUGGAUCGAUUCACCCUCUUGCAUGUCGUGUACUUCUGGCUGUGACAAUGCUGACACACCCAACAGUUGUUGUAAAUAUCCUGUCUCUAACUCCUAUUAAUCUACUUCUCAAUUUCCUUUUAACAGCUGUUUACUUUCUUCUGCAAGUGGUUCCAUUUCCACUUCUUAAACUUUACAAAACACUUAUUUAUUCCGUUGGCUUAACAACUAGCAACUUAGUUUAUAAUGUCUUAUAACAUGUUUAACCCCGUCCUAAUGCUUGAUAACGAUACUUAAAAUAUUAAGAAAUGCCAUUUAUCUGCUUUAAUAGAGAUUAUUAUUAUUAAUUUAGGGUAGUGUCGCCACACUGUAUCAGGGCUGCCUAGUUUCAGAAAAUGACAAGAAUGAGACUUCAAUGUCAUGAUGCAUUUGAAAAUAAAAGUGGCCUUUUUUAAUACAGAUUUGCUCUUUUUUAACAUUGAUUUAUACUUGCUACUGAUGUCCUCACCCCCAGCAGCUCUCCCUACAAUGUGGCCUCCUAAUUAACCAGAAAUUAGAAAUUGAAAUCAUUUCCACUGUUUCUCAUUUUCUGCCUCUGUGUUCUCAAUUUGUAUCUCUUCUACAUCUCUGUCCUCUCUGUCCUCAAUCUCUUCUGUUCUCUCUUCAUCUUCCAGUGUUGC